AUGACCCUACUCGCAGAGCUCCCUGUUGAGCUGCUCAGCGCCAUCGCGCAGGCCGUGGGCAACCAGCGUAGGCUCACCCGCCUCGCCCGCACCAGUCGCCGCCUCCAGAAAAUCUGCCUCCCCGUCCUUUAUCGCACUGUCGAGCUCGACUCCCGUAAGGGAUUAAAACGGUGGCUCCGCACAAUGCAGAUCAAGACGAAGUAUGCCCGGCUCGUCAAGUUCUUCGUACUCACGCUUCCAGGGGACAUUUUGCUCGAUGAAGCCGCUGUCUUCGCAUUGGCUACCACCCUCGCGACAUGCGGGAAACUACGCACACUUUCCGCUUCCAUUUCGUCGACGUCAUCGUUGGCAGAAAAACUUGUCGCGAUCCAAGCCGCUUUCCCCUUACUGGAGGUCCUCACGAUCCCCGACUCGUGCAGCGAUCCCCACUCACUCGCACUCCUCGCUCAGCACCCCUCCGUCCGUCAAUUCGAGAUAAUACGCCAGACCAGCGAGGACUCCUCGCUUGGGCUGCUGCCAACCACCCACAACCUCCUUUCCUUCCAAGGCCCUAUCGCUGUUCUGGGAAAUCUGAUACAUGUUCCCGCAAUGUUUGCGUCCAUGCAAGUCGUUACCUGUUGGCACACGGACAUAGUGAACUCGGAUGAUCAUCCCAUCCCAGAGCGAGCUAUCCGUUUAUUGGAAUUCUCUGUCCACGACUGGCAUCCGGUCUAUAUACAACUCUUCCAGCUCAAGAACGGAACCUUCGACGCUCGCUGGCAGGACCUCCAGGAACUCCGUAUCGUAAAAGCCCGCGAGUGCGAUCGGCCUCAUUUACGCUACCAGAAAAAGUUCAACGCGUUUCUAAAGGCCUUUCGCCCGCUCCUUGAACACCUCCCUCGCCUGGAGAUAUUGAACCUUAGCGACGAUUUCCGCGAAUGCGUGUUCCACAACCCCGCUACCCAGCUACCACACGUCGAGAACGAGAUCCUGUUCCUCCGGCACUGCGCCGGCCCGGCACUGCGGAAGUGCCGGCUGCCCGAAACCUGCAUCAGCUGGCGGCGUGCCGUAGAUCUCGGCCUGAACCCGGUGUGGCUCCCGCGCCUCCAUGCCAUCAGCACAGACGCUCUCUCGCUACUCAACUGGUUCAUCCCGAAGUGUCUCGGCAGCUGGGGCCCCGACUACGCCCGCGCAGCAUUUCACCUGCUCGGCGUGGAGGACGACACGACGGCGCGCACGAAGAUGGCACAAAUGGCGGACACUCAGUCGGGGUCCCAGCUCUGUGCCCACUUGGGACUGCUAGAAAACUUGCAGAAGCUGACCGGGGGACUUGGACUCGAUGAUGAUGACAAUGAUUUCUUGGAUGACUUGGAUGAUGCGCUGUGGAACUAG